ACGACAACUUCCAUACCAGCGACCAACGCGGAAUAUCUAACAGCAGACAUUCCAUAAACCCGAGGUUAAAGCAUAUUCGUGGGUCUAACUUGAUAUCAGGUGUCUAGGUGAGACUAGAGCAGGAACAAGGAUGAACGGGGGAAAAGAAGCAAAGCUAUCAGUCUCGAACGACGUAGCCACCAAUUUCAGAAAACUCCUUGCAGCUCAGGUAAGCGGCGCUACCCUUUGUUUGAUUCGAACCACUUCGAUUGUUGCGGCUUUCCUGUCUUGGUCAUCACGAUGUCUGCUACUGCUGAGCCUGGCGGGCGUUCAAAACGCCGUAGCUGGCUGGCAUGGUACGGUCCGCAGAAGGACGCUGCCAAGGAAGUGCCCAGACCAACGCUUCAUUUGGACAUAGGGUUGGCGUCCCCAAGAGAAGGAUGCGAGCAGGGCGAGCAGACCUUCCAUCCUGGAGACCCAGGUUCGGGUGUCUCGUGCUGCGAGACGGGCUUAAAGACCUCGCGGCCCAGCACACCCAGACGCAACUCUGUUUCUUCUUUAUCUCAUUUACUCCCCUUUCAUUCAUCCCCUCACUCCUCUGUUUCUCAUCUACAGCAAUAUGAACAAACUUCGCCACAGAACGCUGCAUCGUCGUCUUCUGCUACGUCGCCUCCCUUGGCACCUGCCAUGAAAACACCUGAACUGACGUCUCGCACUCCUGGAUCCUUUGGGAAGAUAUCUUUCAACUCUAUGAUGGGCGGUCUCUCCGCGCUCUCUUUGUCUCGCACGGUGACGAAUGACGACAAAGAUAAGGAAACUCGUGGACGCGCCCCAAGCAAACGGAAGCCCCGCUCCUCGUCUUUUGUGCUCCCGUCUUAUACCAAAGACAAAGACAAGGAUAAAGACACAGCAUCCGUAGCUUCCAAAGAGUCCAUUCGUGCUCGUUCGUCAUCUCCCUUCAGUCUACGCCGUUUCCGUCCUCGCGAUCGCGACGCAUCUCCCGCUCCUCUUCCCCUUGAGGAAUCAGACUGUGACUCUGUCACUUCACGACGCACACUUGCCGUCCGACCUCGCAAUGCUUUCACGGAGGAUCUGGAUUCAGGUUCAGAGUACGCUGGAGAAGAGACAGAAGAUGAAGAAGACGAUUGGAGUGACGAUGCCGGGGGCAUGUUUGAUUUCGUCACCGAGAGGAACACGGAGCAGAAUGCGCUUAUUGCUGCUCAUGAGAUGCCAAUGGGAGACCUGGAUCCUGACGACGUCACUAUGGACCCUGACCCAUUGGGCGAAGGCGUCAAUGUCGUAGUGCCACCCGAACCCUAUUUCCCUUCUACUCUGAAUCGGUCGAGCCUCACCUCAAUGAAAGGCAAGCGUGGGGGCCCGAAGCGAAAGAAGUCCCGGCAUCAUGAAACUCUUCCUUUGAGGACUGCUCGUCCACUAUUCCAGCGCGAUAGGUGCACGAUCACCAUGACUCAAGGCGAUCCAGAGGCAUCAGAAAGACGGAGGCGGAUGUACAUUAUCGCUAGUGACCUCAGCGAGGAGAGUCGUUAUGCUGUUGAAUGGGGUAUCGGCACAGUGAUUCGAGACGGCGAUCAUCUGCUCAUCGUUACGGUUGUCGAAAACGAGGCUAAAGUUGACCCACCGAUCCCCAACCCAGCGGAUCGCUCCACUAGACUUCGUUCUCAACAGGAACGUCAAGGCCUUGCCUAUAUUCUCGUCCGUCAAGCAACGGCGCUCUUACAACGCACGCACUUGAACGUGACGGUCUCCUGCCAAGCAUGGCACUCGAAAAACUCGCGCCAUAUGCUCCUCGAUAUUGUUGACUAUAAUGAACCCACGAUGCUGAUUGUGGGGUCCCGAGGCUUGGGUCAGAUCAAGGGUAUCCUCUUGGGCUCAACAUCACACUAUCUCAUUCAGCGAUGCUCCGUUCCGGUUAUGGUUGCCCGUCGCCGGCUCAAGCGCCCCCCGAAGCGCUCUGCUCACCUUGCCAAGAACCGCAUGCAUGUCUCCCUUGCAGAGGCCGGGAUCGACAGAGUCGCCCCCAAGGUUGACCAGGACGUCGCGGUCAUGCGUGACGAAAUGCAGCGUGACGACGAUCGGCGAGGUAAGGAAGGGGAGAGAGUUAUCGACGAGGAUGGGGAGGAGCCUGGGGAGGAGGGCGAAGGAGACGGCGCGGAGGGUGAGGGGUACUUGGGCACCAAGGUUGGGGGAUCAUGAAAUGCGAGUUUAAAGCUCGUCGAUUCCUUUGGGUCUGACAUUAAAUUUCUUCCUUUUCUUUUUUUUACUCCAGACGCACCCAGCCAUAAGUGGCCACUGAAGUGAUGUUGAUGCCUGAGAUGGGUACCACAGCUUGGUCAUGUAUGAUAGCCAUAGACGAAUAUUUUUACAAGGUUGUUACAUUGGAGCAUUACAAAUUAAUUAUAAGUAGCUGCAUUUUGUCCGCACGAUCACACGGUGCCAUGUAAAUGUAGUGGCGAGUUCAUACUCAA